GACACGGCGAUGACAAGGUCAAAAACAGUUCAGUGAUUGGAAGAAGGUCUUGUUUUCUUAAAGCCGGCUGAAUUUUGUGUUUUUAUUGGAGACAAGAAUUUAAAAGCAUUGCAAUGAUUUACAUUAACUUACAAAAAUUUGGUCAAAUAACUGCCAAUAGAUGUGUGAAUUCCCUAAAGUUGUUGCGGUAUCAAAGACUACAACAACAACAGCUGCAGCAACAGCGUCAAAUACAACGUUGUUUCUGUCAGUUAUGUUUUGGUCAGCAAUCAACAGCACAGCAAUCAUCGUUCAGCAGCGAAAGUAAUUUGCCAUACGUUAAGCGGCUGUGUGUAGUGUUGUUGCCGUUGACCGGAGUUAACUGUGCCGCUGCUUCACAACUUGCACCGUCAUCGUCUACCGCCGGUGGGCACCGUUCACAAGCCGAUGAUGUCAGCAAUAUGUCAGAUCAGGACGCUAAGAAUGCCAAGUCAAUUUAUGACUUUACUGUCAAGGACACGCAUGGUAAUGAAGUUUCCUUGGAAAAAUACAAGGGCAAUGUGGUGCUGAUCGUAAAUAUUGCAUCCAAAUGUGGUUUGACCAAGAACAACUACGCCAAAUUGACCAACUUGUUGGAGAAAUACGAAUCGAAAGGUCUACGCAUUUUGAAUUUCCCAUGCAAUCAAUUCAGUUCGCAGAUGCCUGAAGCUGAUGGUGAAGAAAUGGUGUGCCACUUGCGUGACGCCAAAGCCAAUAUUGGUGAUGUAUUCCAAAAGGUUGACGUAAACGGUCCUACCGCCGCUCCACUUUAUCAAUAUUUGAAGCACAAGCAAUCGGGCACUUUGGGCAGUGCCAUCAAAUGGAAUUUUACCAAAUUUCUUGUGAACAAAGAAGGCAUACCUGUUGACCGUUAUGCUCCCACAACUGAUCCCAUGGACAUUGUGAAAGAUAUUGAAAAGUUGCUUUAAGCUUUUCACGAACAUAUCAAAGUUUCGAUAAUGAUUAAAAAUCAUAUAAAUUUAUAUGUCUAAUUACAUAUAUUUGAAUACAUCAAAAUAAUGAUACAUCCCCAUACAUAUAUUCAUAUACUCCUAUAAUGCAUAUUUACUAUUGGCUACGGACUCUUUGGAUACAGUUUCCCAUACUGCGGACUAUGCGGAUGGAAAAGGUCUUAAUCGUGCACAGCGUCAUUUGAUAUUGAUUGUUAUUUCUAUUCUACGAUUAUUGUCUUUAUACAUACAUAUUUAUGUAUGUAUGUACAUACAUAUAUGUGUACUUCCAAAAAGUUUGUAAUUCACUUUUGUUUUCGUUAAGCUUU